GUGUUUUAAAGUUGACCCAACCUGAUCUACUUUUUCGAAGGUUUGUUUCCUUUAGGUUUGAAUUCGAACCCAAUCCAACCCCAAUUUAUCCCUCAUCUCAUCGGUGGCCCCAUUUCAACCGGGUUACAUUUCAGCAACCGGACUCAACCCACCCAUGUGUAUACCUAUAUAAAACCCAAUCCACCCCCAAUUCAACCAUGUUCUCCCCGUCUCAUCGGUGUCCCCGCGCUCUGCCGACCCAAAUCCGUAAACGAAACCCUCACCGCAGCCCGCUACUCUCUCCGUCACGAUCACCAGCUUCAGGAACCUCGGCCGCCCUGCCGGCCCCGCGGCUCCAUUCUCAGGACGAUGGUGUCGCAGCUGGUCAAGCACGAACGCAUCGAGACCACGGUCGCGAAGGCGAAGCAAGUCCGGCGAAUUGCUGAUAACAUGGUGCAGCUGGGGAAGGCAUGUUUAAAUUCUCUGCUUGUUGAUUCUGAUUCUUAGGGUCCUUGGUUUCGGAUUCUCUGUAGCAGUUUCAAAAUGCUUCAUCGUAUUAAAGUACGAUUGGAAGCACAAUGUUAGGGUAAAUGAUUCUCACAGAACUUUCGUAAGUUGAUGGAUGAAUUUAAGGAGGAUUUGGUAAUACAAGCACAAGCACUUUGUUGUUUUUGAUGAACUUUUUUUAAUGAUAUUUUCUUGCUAAAAUCUAAAUGCUCUAGAGCAUUUUUUUUGUCCUCAAUUUGAGUGGUUUGUUCAUCUCGGGAUUUAACUGUUCCUUCUCGAUAGUUUAUUUAUCUACUCCAAGCGAUUAUUUGGCAAAAAAUUAGAAUCAAUGUGGACAAAGACUUGCUUGUCUUACCCCCAAGAAAAUCAUGCUUAUAUAUGCCCAUAUAUAAGCGAUCAACUGUUCUUAUAUAUAUAUGUUCAUCAAGGAAACAAAGUCUUCUUUGCUUAAGUCAAAUGCUGACCGAUUCAAUGCUUAUGUUUAUUUUAUGUUCCAUUAGUCUUCCCCCCUUUUUUUUUCUCUCAUGAUGUUUUACCUUAUAGAAGCCUAUUUCUUUGUUUUUUUAAGAUUAUGUUUUUAAUGAUUUGGAGCAGAAUUUUUAAGUCUCAUUUAGCCAUUUUGGUAAAGGGGAAGACAAUAACUACAUUCUGUGUAAAACUACUUCAGUAAUACCAUGUAUAAAGCCAGAUUAAAAGCAACGUAGGAACACAAAUAGCUGAAAUAUCCCUAUCAUGUGGGUGAGUAUAAGAUAGAGAAACUUAGCAAAGAAUGCAUCUUAUACACAUGCUCUUUUUUUUGUUCAAAGUUUGAGAAAUCUACUUCAUCUUCAGCAGAACUAAAUAAUGGGCCGUAAGUCUGGCAUCUCUUAUUGUCAAACCAAUUGUUUCUGUAUUUGCUUCAUUUCUUUAAUAAUUUAUUUAUUAACUGUUCCCUAGUUUUGUAGAUCUCAUGAUCAACAUAACUAGAACCACAUAGGUGGAUAUGGUCAUUGUUUAUUAUAUCAAGAGUUUGACUCUUUACAGGAUACACUUCAUGCUGCAUGUGUGCUGCUGCUUUUGUUCGUGGUGAUGAUGUUCUUCAUAAAUUGUUCACAGAGCUUGCUUAUCGCUACAAGUAAAUGUUUGAUCUAUUCACCUUGUUUUGCCUGUUUCGUUGCUAGAUUCGGUGAAAACUUUGUUAUCAAUAUAAGGGACUGAGUAGGCGGAUAUGCAAGAUUGCUUCGAACAUUCAUACGAAUGGGGGAUGCUGCACCAAUGGCAUAUAUCGACUUGCGUUCAACGAGAAAGCUGCACUUCAACGGACUCACUGUCGCUGCACAGAGAUUAUGAAUUCUGCUCCGCUAGAAGUUGAAAUCACGUGAAGUUGCCAGUGAUUAUUCAGUCUACCGUUGCAUCCCUAGAUUGUUCUAGCCGUUAAGUUCUCUCUCUCUCUCUCUCUCUCUCUCUCUCUCUCUCUCUCUCUCUCUCUCAUACAUUCAUGUUAGUAUUCACUUGUUCAAAACGACGCCUUUGCUCUUCGAGGAAAUGAAGGGAGUCAACUUCCCCUGUGCAUCCCCAGCAUCAGCAGCAAUAUGCACCAGCGUAGGCCGAAGGUCCAUGGUCCGAGGCAGCACCGGAAGGGCCAUCGACCGCCACACGCCUCACCUGGGAGAUCCGCGGCGAGCAAAGGCUGCUCUCAACUCCGUGUCUCAUGCUCCCACCAGGACAAAAUCCCACUUCCAAACGAGCAGGGAGAGUCCGAGAGAACCAACUGGCCGCAGCAGUCAUCCGGGCUCCUCACGAGGUUUACUGGACGACGACGCAUUUGAUGUGUUCCCCAGCGUGGGGACUGCUGCUCCUGUUACCUCAGCAGACCCGUCCUCGCUUCAGGGUGCCAAGAAAGAUGAAUCCGCCGUCUUCAAGCCACCACCAUCUCCUCCUGCUGCCUCGAAGGAACAGGUCGUGCAUUUGAGGGUGUCUUUGCACUGCAAAUGCUGCGAAAGGAAGGUCAGAAAGCACGUCUCCAAGAUGGAAGGCGUGGCAUCAUUCAACAUAGAUUUGGCGACAAAGAAGGUGACGGUGAUGGGAGAAGUGACGCCGCUGGGAGUUCUAAGCAGCGUCUCCAAGGUUAAGAACGCGCAGCUCUGGCGAUCGCCGCCACGCUCGUCACCUUCCUCUCGGUCAAAACUCGCGUCUCUUGGGCGCCGGUAGAGGUACGGUGUGGGGGUGGGGUGGGGGAUGUGUGAAAGUAAUUGAAGGGAAGAUUAUGAUUCUUCUCUUCAUCUUAUCAAUUUCCUAUCUGUUGUUUCCUUGGAAAGUAUGCUGGUCAGUCUAAUUAAUUUAGUCUGUGCACGACAAGACGAGACAAGGCUGCAGUUAAGAUCCUGUUCCUAAAAUGGUGAGCUUAACAAGAUUUCUGUUCCUGCUUGUCCAUUUGGUUUGAGGACUCCCCUGUCCUCUUCAUUGGUUUUAAUAUCAAACCUACUCCCAACA